CUCUAGAGGGAAGGAAGUUUUGGAGAUUUUCAGGUGAGGACUCGGGAACUUCCAAAUCUCAGGGAAGGACUUCCGGCCGAUUAUAAAUAGCGUCGAUCAAUCUCUUCCAUAUCCAACCAUUUCCUUCAUCGUCUCUUUCCUCUUCUUCUUCCUGCUUUACUUUUCUUGCCAUUUUCUCUCUCUAUCUCAAGAUGACUAUUCUCAUUGAUCGUGACGAUCUGCUUGUAAGCCGAUGAGGCGAUGAUUUUGAAAUGUGAAGUUUUCCCGGAAAAUGGCAGGAAACGAAGCAGAGCAAAAGAAGGCAUCCAUAAAUGAGAAAGAAGUGGGAUUUGUGGUUCCACAGAGAAACUCAUUUGGCCAUACAUUUAGGGACUAUGGUGCUGAGAGUGAGAGACAAGAAGGAGUGCAGAACUUCUACAGGAAAAACCACACAUACCAGACCUAUGACUUUGUGAAGAGGAUGAGGGAAGAGUAUGGGAAAUUGAACAGAGUAGAGAUGAGCAUUUGGGAAUGCUGUGAACUGCUGAAUGAUGUGGUUGAUGAGAGUGAUCCUGAUUUGGAUGAGCCUCAGAUUGAGCACUUGCUUCAAACUGCUGAAGCCAUUAGAAGGGACUAUCCCAAUGAAGAUUGGCUUCACCUAACCGGUCUUAUUCAUGAUCUUGGGAAAGUGCUUUUGCUUCCUAGUUUUGGAGGGCUUCCUCAGUGGGCUGUUGUGGGUGAUACUUUCCCAGUUGGCUGUAGAUUUGACAGUGCCAUUGUUCAUCAUCAGUACUUCAAGGAAAAUCCUGAUUAUAACAACUGCGCAUACAACACGAGAUAUGGAAUCUACUCUGAGAAAUGUGGACUCAACAAUGUCAUGAUGUCUUGGGGACAUGAUGACUACAUGUAUCUGGUGGCAAAGAAGAACAAUACUACUCUUCCUUCAGCGGCUCUGUUCAUUAUCAGAUAUCAUUCAUUCUACGCAUUACACUUAGCAGGAGCAUAUAAGCACUUAAUGAACGAUGAAGAUGUUGAGAAUCUGAAAUGGCUACAUAUUUUCAACAAAUAUGAUCUAUACAGCAAAAGCAAAGUCAGAAUAGAUGUUGGGGAGGUUAAACCAUACUAUCUCUCUCUCAUUGAGAAGUACUUCCCUGCGAAGCUGAAAUGGUGAAACAUUGGAGAUAUGAGGAACAAGGCCAACUAGUUAGACUGUUAAGAGUAUAUUAAUCUAUGGGAGUAGAUCAUGGAAUAAGCUAUGGUGUAAUAGUAGAAUUAACUUGUGUGUUUUAGUGCCAGAAGUAGAAUGUUAUGUACCACGAGUUUGUUGUAAGCAUCCUCUGUGAAAUUUGCCAUCUGUAUGUGAUGGAUUAUUAAAAUGUACCUUUAAGUUUUUAAUUAUAUCACGUCAGAAAUAAAUCCAAGUAUGAGUUCCACUCCA